AUGGAGCUCCCGGCUCUGGUGCCACACGGCACGGAGCCCUGGCACGCCUGCCUGGCCUGCAGCAGCUCUGGCUCCUGCCUGCUGCCCUCACGUGCCCGGCAUUCCCAGUGCCCUGCAUUCCCCGUGCCCGGCAUUUCCAGUGCCCGGCAUUCCCAGUACCCUGCAUUCCCCGUGCCCGGCAUUCCCAGUACCCGGCAUUCCCCGUGCCCGGCAUUCCCAGUACCCGGCAUUCCCAGUACCCUGCAUUCCCAGUACCCUGCAUUCCCAGUACCCUGCAUUCCCCGUGCCCGGCAUUCCCAGUACCCUGCAUUCCCAGUGCCCGGCAUUCCCCGUGCCCGGCAUUCCCAGUGCCCGGCAUUUCCCGUGCCUUGCACACCGCAGCUCUCUGCAAGUGCUGAUGCCUGGGGCUUCGCUGCCAGGGAGGAGGGAGCAGCACGGGCCCAGGGAUGUCCUGCAGCCACAUCCUGCCUUUGUCCGCACCCUCGGGCAGCCGCAGCCAGGGCCUUCCUCUAA